CCUCUCACUGUCCCCGCUCCGGGUGGAAUGGAUCUCUCCAGGACAGCUGGCUGCUGAUCUUAAUUCCCCCUUAGUGCCUGGGGGACGGGAGCAGAGCUGAGCCAGGCUGUCCAUGGGACCAGGGCCUCUGGGGACAGCAGCCCAUGUCAGCUUGGCGUUCCAGCCGCACCGAAGGGACCCACUUCCUCCAAGUGGGGAGCAUGGGCCUUCAGCACCCGCAGGCUGGGCCCUUUCUCACCUGUUUCUUCACUUUAAAGAUGGGGGACUGAGGUUCUGAGUAACAGCUGUGGAAGCAGCAGCCGCCCUCAGUUCACCGCGUGUGGGGCCCAGGGGGGCCGCGGAAAGCACUCACUCACCUCGGGCCACCCUGCGAGGCCCGUCCCAUUCCGCAGAGGGGGAACGGAGGUACAGCAAGGCCCGAUGUCUGCUCACACACAGGGGGCAGCACCCGGCUGGCACCCAGACCCAGGACCCCCACCCCAUGCAAGAAGAGGACGCCUGGCUAGUAACAGCGUGUUGACGCCUGGCUCCCUUCUGCCCUCGGCAAUUCACACGCACGCAAGCGCACACACACACACACGCACGCACGCACACACGCCUGGCUCCCUUCUGCCCUCGGCAAUUCACACACACGCACGCGCGCACACACGCACACAUACACACGCACGUACACACGCCUGGCUCCCUUCUGCCCUCAGCAAUUCACACACACACACACGCACGCACACACACGCAGCCUGUCCAUACAAAGACACAACACCAGCCAGCGGCGUGGCUGCCAGGACUGAGCUGGCCCUGCCCGUGCUCCGGCUGGACCAAACCCAUCUCCUAGAAGGGCAGGGAGGACAUCCAGGGAUGGGCUAAGGAGACCAGGCCCUCCCUUGGUCCCCUCUGGUCCAUGUCCACCCUCCAGGGUCCUGGGGACCAGGGCACUGGGCCCCAGAGCUGAAGGGCCACAUGCUGCCUGUGUCCAGCCGGGACUGGCCUUCCCCAAGGGCCCUAGAACCCAGCUGCCCGCUCCAGCUCCUUGCCGGCCCCUCCCAUGUCCUGCACCCACAGCCCGGAUCUCGGGAGCUUAUCUGUGGCCACACAAUGUAAUUAUUUGUGAGCCUCUGAUUACAGCACAACUGCCUGGAUUAGCCACUCAGGUAUCACUUGUCUGGGCAAACACGUGACUCAGCAAUCUUUGGUGUAAAUAAUUAAAUGCAAGCCCAGUAGGGCCAGGUGAUCGGAUGCUAACCUCAGAGCACUGCCCGCAGAUGCGCCAGGCCCCCGCCCGCACUCCCCCACCCCACCAGGAGCCAGACAGCUCUGGAGGUCCAGCCAGCCGGCAGACCCUGGCCUCAGAGGACAGACAGGCCCAGCCCCUCCAUGCCCACCAAGGCCGUGAGGGGUGCCCUCAGGUUCCCCAAGGGGCCUGGUAGCCCAGGAUGGAAGCGCCCCCUGAGUGCCCGCGGCGGGGCGGGGAGCUGGUGCUGGUCCGCCGGCAGCCCCCCGUGGUCCCAGGCCUGCGGGAGAUGCUGAAGGCCAGGCUGAGGCGGAGCUGUGCGUGCAGCAGGCAGGAGUUCUGGGCGCGGGUGCAGGAUCUGCUCCCCGCCACGCGCUGGCUGCCCACGUACCGCCCGCGGGAGGACCUGGCCGGCGACGUCAUGUCUGGGCUGGUCAUCGGCAUCAUCCUGGUGCCCCAGGCCAUCGCCUACUCGCUGCUGGCCGGGCUGCAGCCCAUCUACAGCCUCUACACGUCCUUCUUCGCAAACCUCAUCUACUUCCUCAUGGGCACCUCCCGCCACGUGUCCGUGGGCGUCUUCAGCCUCCUCUGCCUCAUGGUGGGGCAGGUGGUGGACCGCGAGCUCCUGCUGGCCGGCUUCGACCCUGCCCAGGACGGCCCAGGGCCCGGGGGCAACAGCAGCGCCCUGGAUGCCGAGGCCGCCGGGCAGGGCUGCGGGCGGGACUGCCAUGCCGUCCGUGUUGCCACCGCCCUCACGCUGGUGGCCGGGCUUUACCAGGUCCUCAUGGGUGUCCUCCGGCUGGGCUUCGUGUCGGCCUACCUCUCACAGCCACUGCUUGAUGGCUUUGCCAUGGGGGCCUCGGUGACCAUCCUGACCUCCCAGCUGAAGCACCUGCUGGGCGUGCAGGUCCCACGGCACCAGGGGCCGGGCAUGGUGGUCAGCACAUGGCUGAGCCUGCUGCGCAGAGCCCCGCAGGCCAACCUGUGUGACGUGCUCACCAGUGCCGUGUGCCUGGCUGUGCUGCUGGCCACGAAGGAGCUCUCGGACCGCUGCCGGCGCCGCCUGAAGAUGCCGCUGCCCGUGGAGCUGCUGGUCAUCGUGCUAGCCACGCUCGUGUCCCACCUCGGGAAGCUCCACGAGCGCUUCGGCUCCAGUGUGGCUGGCGACAUCCCCACUGGCUUCAUGGCCCCGCGGGUGCCGGACCCCGGGCUGAUGCGACGCGUGGCGCUGGACGCCCUGCCCCUGGCCCUCGUGGGCUCUGCCUUCUCCGUCUCGCUGGCGGAGAUGUUCGCCCGCAGCCACGGCUACUCGGUGCGAGCCAACCAGGAGCUGCUGGCCGUGGGCUGCUGCAACGUGCUGCCCGCCUUCUUCCACUGCUUCGCCACGAGCGCCGCCCUGGCCAAGAGCCUGGUGAAGACGGCCACCGGCUGCCGCACGCAGCUGUCCAGCGUGGUCAGUGCCGCCGUGGUGCUGCUGGUGCUGCUGGUGCUGGCGCCGCUGUUCCGGGACCUGCAGCGGAGCGUGCUGGCCUGUGUCAUCCUCGUCAGCCUGCGGGGGGCCCUGCGCAAGGUGAGGGACGUCCCGCAGCUGUGGCGGCUCAGCCCCGCCGACGCGCUGGUCUGGGUGGCCACGGCGGCCACCUGCGUGCUGGUCAGCACCGAGGCCGGGCUGCUGGCCGGGGUGCUCCUCUCGCUGCUCAGCCUGGCCGGCCGCACGCAGCGCCCACGCGCUGUGCUGCUCGCCCGCAUCGGGGGCUCCGGCUUCUACGAGGACACCGCGGAGUUCGAGGGCCUGGUCCCCGAACCCGGGGUGCGGGUGUUCCGCUUUGCGGGGCCACUCUACUAUGCCAACAAGGACUUCUUCCUGCGGUCCCUCUACAGCCUCACGGGGCUGGACGCGGGGCGAGAGGCCGCCAGGAGGAAGGAGCAGGCCCCAGAGGCAGGGGUCAGCAAGGGAGACUCCGUCGAGGGCAAGGACCCGGGCCCAGAGGGCAGCAUGGCUGCACUGGUGCCCCCAGUGGCCGGCUUCCACGCGCUGGUCAUUGACUGCGCCCCGCUGCUGUUCCUGGACGCGGCCGGCCUGGCCACGCUGCGGAAGCUGCACCAAGACUACGCGGCCCUGGGCGUCGCCCUGCUCCUGGCCUGCUGCAGCCCCUCGGUGAGGGACGCCCUGCGGAGAAGUGGCUUCCUUGGGAAGGACCAGGGGGACGUGGAUGAGGAGGGCCAGCUGUUUCACAGCGUGCACGACGCUGUGCAGGCCGCCCGAGCCCGCCAGCGGGAGCAGGCGCCCGCCGACUCCGCGCUCUAGGACGGCCAGCACCUUCACACCACCUGUGACCAACUGACCCUCCUGGGACGGUGUGCGCCAUCUCUGCCCUGGCGGGACCGGGGUACCCCGACUGGGUCAGGGCGGACAGCGCUGUGGACACCCACGAGGACCGAGACACUCGAGAAUCCGAGAACCACACCUUUAAGACAAAUGCCGCCAGUGCAAAGCUGGGCUCUGGUGCCCUGAGCCGUGGGGCCAGUGUGACACUCGAUGUCACCAUCUCAGUUCAAAAGGGCCUCCAAAGUACCAGGACACUAGUCCCUUGGCCCCCGCCCCACCAGGUGAGAGCUGGUGGCUCUGGCCAAGAGUGCCAGGGUCUCUGUGCCUCGGGAAGCCCCCGA